AGUAGAAACAAUCGGAUGCGCUCAAGCGUCCCUUGCUGCAGGGAGCGUAUUUAUUUAUUUUUUAACCAUUUAAAAAUGCAGUGGACCCAUUUAAAUAUCGCCGAGAACGCGUGAUGGAAUACGACGCUGGUCAGUGUCAGGUUGUGAUUCGGGAAACGUGUCCACCGUCGGUCGGUUUCGUCGUGCAUGAUAUGCUGCGUCCUGGCGCAUGGUGCAGGCCCUUCUUCGCUGUGAUUGUUGACAGCUAGUGAGGGCAGAGUGGAAGCGGGGUAGGCAUCAGAACGGAUCCCUUUAAGUACGCCAAGAUCGUUACUUCCUGUGUUCCCUUGGCCCAUCAGCUGCACUUCCUGGUCGUGAGCCGUGCGGUGGAGAAGGUCGUGUGGGACGGCGGGUUGUUGGCCCACGAGCGUGUGUGCAUUUUCAUCCGUGCGUGUGUGUGUUUGUGCGCGCGCGCGUGUGUGUAUGCGAGUGGCGAUCGCUUCCCCAUUCCGCAGAGCCGUCCCCUGCCGACGACAAUCAAAACAUUCGCUUCCUAGUUGGGGGAAAAGACUCAAAUAUCAAUCGUCGCUCAAAACCAACUCAACCGUCAACCAUCAACGCAAGCAAACAGUAGGGAACAGUUUUCCCGGAGGUGGUACCUGACUCACGAUACGGCGAUAGGUGCGAGGCCAACCAUCGAACUUCCCUGCCACGAACAACAACGGCAGCGGCCAGUAGCGGCGCCAGGCAGGAAGGAGUCCGCAGGCAAGGGCUGCAUACAUCCGAAGCGAGCCAAAAAUGGCCAUGUCCAGCUGGAUGAUUCGCCGAAGCAUUCGACAGAGGAGUCGUCCACCGCCCGAGGACUGCUAUCGGCUCGAUACGGGCAAGACGCUGCGGGAGAAUGCGGUCGACAUCUACGGCGGGCUGUACGCGUGGCACACGAGCGUCAACAAGCGGCUCAGCCUGCUCAAUGGGCUGGUGCUGCUGCUCGACCGGUGGAAGCGUGACGCGGGCCUGGGCAGCGGAAUGUCCCUCGACCUGGACUCGUCGGCCGAUUCGGCCUCGGGCACGUCGGCGGCCCGGCGUCGGACCGCCUCGCUGUUGGCGCUCGAGCGUUACAGCAGCCUUGGGUACAGCAUCGAGCAGUGGGUGUGCUGCGUUAGCCGGAGUCUCGUCCACCCGCUGCCCCAGAUUCGCGCGGGCGCUCUGCGGGCCCUCCGUCGGUUGCUGCUCGCGCCGGAGGAUCUGCGCGCGCUGAACCGACUGCAGCUGGCGCACCUAGUGUGCCGCAGCCUGGACGUGAUGCUGCGCAACGGCGAGGAGCGCGUGCAGGCGCUGAAGCUGGUGCGCCGGAUGCUGGUGGUCGCACCGGACGAGCUGAGUGCGGCCAUCGUGCGCUGUCUGGUGGCGCUCGGGGAGAGUGGUAGCGGUGGCGCGUACGGAGCCGACGGUACGGCCGGCGGUGCCGGUGGUGUGGCUGGAGGAGCCGGAGGUGUUGGGGGCGGCAAAUCGACGAUGGGAGGCGCGGGAGAGGAUCGACUGUUGCGCUGUUGCCUGGCGACGCUGUGCGAGAUUGGCGUGCUGAAUCCGAUGCUGCUGAUCGAGUGUGGCGGUGUCGGCGUUAUUACGCGCAGCGUGCUCGAAUGCCACAGUCCGCGCAUCGCCGAGAGCCUGUGCGGGGUGCUGCUGUACCUGCUGGAGUGGCCUCGGACGCGCGAGAUCGCCGCCGUGCGGUUGGACUGCUUCGCCGCGCCGUACUGCGACUUUACGUACCGCGUCGGCAUCAUGGACCGGAACAAGGAUGCGCGCGACCUGCGCUUCACCUGCAGCCGGCUGGCGCUGCUCUCCGUGCUGCGGUCGUGGGCCGGCACGGUGGAGUUCUGCAACCCGCACCGUCCGUCCGGCCUGAAGGCGCUCAUCGAGAUCCUGUACCUGAACCAGCUCGAGAUCCGCAAGGCGGUGCUGGACCUACUCUACGAGCUGAUGGGCCUCCCGCAGCCCGUCUGGACGGACGAGUACUCGGUAGCGAUGUCGGUGGUCGACCCGGCCGAAUAUCAGGACUCGUGGCGCCUGCACGAGGGUUUCGUGGCGGCCGAGGGUACGGCCAUCCUCCCGAGCCUGGCCAGCACCGUGCCCAACCUGUGCGAGAUUCACCUCGCCCUCCUGCUGUACUGCUUCGUCGACAAUGGACUGCUGAACGCGCUCAUCGAGGUGAUCGUCUCGAGCGACACGUUCAUCUCCGUGCGCGCUACCAUCCUGCUGGCCAAGAUCACGCACCAGCUACACUGCCUCCUACCGGCGGAGAUAUGCGCCAGUACACCGGCCGCUCCGCUUCCCGCCCUCGUGGCACGCGCCAUCCAGGGCAACCACCAGGCACGGGCCGCCAUCUCGGCGAUACAGCAAUUUCACCUGAUGCUGCGCAACCGGCCCGCCUCGUGCAGUCUCUACCUCGACAGUAUCAUCCAGAGCGGGGCGCUCAUCAAUACGCGCGAAUUUCGCCGCGAGCUCAGCUCGACCGGUGGCGACCAACGGGGGGCGGCGGGUGCGGUGCCACCGAUCUUCAAGUACGGCACCCUCGACGGGCUCAAGCGGGUGCGGCACGACUCGAGCGGUUCGUCCACCGGUGGCGCCGGUGGCUUCCUCGGCCAGGCCAGCGUUUUCGACUGGAGCUGGACGGGCAGCGGGCAAGGCGGGUCCGGCUUCGAGCGCGAGCUCGUGCGGAGCAACAGUAGCGCCGGCGGGGUACCCGGUGUCAGUUCCGGCGCUACCGGACCUUCACAGACCGGCGGAUCCGGCAGUGGUACGCUCAAGCGCUCGGCAAAGCGCAACAAGCUGCUACAGCUCUGGGACAACAUUAAGGAAGGCGACCGGCUCAUCCACGACUCGAACGUACUCGCCGUUAAGGACGCCAACAUGUGGGACUGGCAGAUUGUCAUCACGAUUCUGCGUUCGGACCUGCUCGGGAUGAAGCUGGACGAGCAGAACAGCCGGUUCGUACGCCGCAUCGUCGACUACUUUAAGCCGAGCAACAAUCGCUUCUCGCACCAGGAUCUCUCGCAUCUGUACAGCAGCCGGCAGCUGCCAGCGUACGUCACGGCCGGUCUCGAGCUGAUCGACGCGAUGCUCCAGUCGUCGGAGCUCGAAUGCAUGCGCCUGCUCACGGACCUGUUCACCGACAUCAGCCGGCAGCUGCUGGCCAUACACGCGGGCAAGUCGGCGCACGAGUGCCUGUUCAGCCCGCAGCACAUGACCGGCACCAUGUGCCAGCAGUACUUCCUCUUCAUCGGCCGCAUGUGCCGGACGGAGCGCGGGCUGGAGAUACUGCGCAACACGGACGUGUUCAAGGAGCUGUCGACGAUCGUGCUGAAGACGAACCACCUGUGCUACGUGAAGCUGAUCGUGUCCGGGCUCGACUACAGCCUCGAGGGCGAACCGCGGGCGAUCUUCGCGAAGGCGCUGCUGCGCCACCCGUCGCCCAAGGCGCGCCUGUACGCGACGCAGAUGCUGCGUGUGCUGCUGCGGGCUCGGCUGCGCAACUUCGAGGUGUGGGGCAUCCAGCUGAUGCUGAAGCUGGUGGCGGCGCUGCAGGGCGUCGAGGGCCAGUCGACGCGGUGUGUCCAGCUGGCGGCGCUAGAGCUGCUGGAGGAGGCGUGCUACGAGCGAACGUACCUGGAGGAGCUGGCCCACUUCUGGCCGCGGCUCGAUCGGCUCGGCGAUCGAGGGAAGAUGGUGAUGAUGCGGUUCUACUCGAUCCCGCGAGGGCUCAACCAUCCUGAGGCGCAUCCGGUGCACGAACUCGAGCGCUGGGUGGACACACUGAACGAGCGCUACGUGCUGCUCGUCGAGGCGGACACGCACGCGCACCUGACGCAGCACAUCCGCACCGAGGACGGCACGUACAGCAGGCGGCAUGUGGCGAGCGGCGCUCCGAGCGAAAACGCCACCGCCGGCGCACCGAACCUGCUGCCGCAUCUGUACGGCCAGCUUGCGCAGACGACGCAGGGUUUCACGCAGCUGCUGCGUUACGGUCAGCUGCCGGAGCUGGCGGAGCGGGUGCGUGACGGGCGGUGCCGCAAUGAGCAGGACAGCCUGCGGCUGAAGGCAGCCCUGUGGGCGCUGUGCCACGCCUGCACGAGCAAGGAGUCGGUCGAGUACAUGGGCACCCACUAUCCGUGGCUGUUGGCGCGCCUGGUGCAACUCGUACGCACGGCCGACGUGUACUCGAUCCGUGCGACCGCCCUGCACGGGAUUUGUCUGAUCGCCAGCACCGCGCAAGGGGCCGACGCGUUGCAGGCGCUCGACUGGGUGACGUCCCGGCACGACCGCAGCAUCCACUGGCCGCUGAACGAACCGACCGAUUGGUGCAGCGACCAGGACCGCUCCUCCACCCACGACGAUACGACCGGCGGUGAGCUGGAACACUCGCACCGCCGCCACAGCUGUGCCUCGACGGGUGAUGAAAGCACCGGCACGGCGACAACCACCACCACCACCAGCUCCUCGCUGCCCACAUCCACCUUCGCCGGGCUGGCGACGCGGAUGCGGACACUCUCGGCCGACGGUUCGUCGCCACCGCCCUCGCCCGGCUUAGCACGCCGCACGAUCGCACCACCCGCCUUUCAGCUCUCGCCCAUACUGAGCUCCUCCAACCUCGCACCCGGUACGGGCGAGCGACGCGAAAAACAUCCACCCGCCGAGGGUCCCGGCCACCGGAAGCACCGAACCAUGAGCCGGCUCCGGCGGCCCCUGCUGUCCCGCUCGUCCGAGGAAGACCUGGAGGACGCGCUGCUGUCGCUCGACGCCGACCGGUCGCUGUUUUCCUCCUUCCGGUCGCAGCUGUCGGGCAAGCAGACGCAGUACGGUGGCUUGCCGUCCUCCAUGGGCACCUCCGCCAUGAUGACGUCCUCGUUCGACGAGCGGCUCGAGCUCAGCUGGAAGCUCCACAGUCUCGACCGCAAGCUGCACCGGCUCAGUAUGAAGUACCAUCAGUACAGCGAGGAAGGUAGCAGUGACGGACGCUCCACUAGAUACCUGAUGCCGACGAAACCCAACACCUCCGGUCCCUGUUUUAUCGGUAUUUGCUUCCCGCGGGAACUCAUGGACCUGUUCCCGGAGCCGGAGGUGCGCCGUACGCACGUGCGUAGCUUUCUGGCGCCCGGCACCGAACGCCGCUCACCGUCGGCCCGCUCGACCAGCGAGAAGCCAGCGACGGUGGACCAGCAGACCGGUGUAAGCAGCUGCUCCCGCUCGACCGCCGCCGACGAAGUGGACGAGGGUGUGAUGGCGGACUACGAGCAGGAAUCGAAGAGCGCGAAUGCGAGCGCCCUGCAGGUGUCGCUCAGCACGACCGGUAGCUCCUCGUCGACCGGGACGGGCCUGUUGGAGGAGGAGGACGAGCACUGGUGGACGCACUCGAAGCACAUCCGCGCCCAGUGUCUGCACUGCUGCCGGACCAGCCAUCCCGCCGAGGAACGGUGGACCGACGGUGACGACGAGGUGGCGAGCGGUGCGGACUACGCCGACGACGAUGGCUACGAGGAGCGCGAGGGCGUGAAGCGACCGCCAUCGGUGCGCCAGCUGGCGGACGAGCUGAUCGCCAACAGCGUGCUGCGGCACGUGCAGCGCAUGGCAAACCCGGUCUGGAGCAAGCAGUCCCGCAGCGUCCUGCUGGACAUCAAGCAGUCACACCCGGGCGCCUUCCAGGACGUGUGCCUCUACUCGGAGGUGUGCCGGCUGCUCGGGUGCAACACGUACCGGCUCGGAUCACGCCGUUUUCUGCAGGAGCUGUUUUUCGACCUCGACUUCGGUCGCACUGGUGGCGCGUCGGGACGGGACGACAAGGACGGCCCGUCGCGGCGUCAACCUAUCGGUGACCACUCUGGCUCGGACGGCGACCGCUACAGCGUGCAGCUGCACAUCCAAACGCAGAAUCUUACCCAAGCGACGGCGCCGACGACGACAACGACGACGACCACACCGACGACGGUGAUUGGAAAGAAGGGUUCCGCCGGGGCGGGAGGGGGCGCGGGUUGUCCAUCGUUUCUACUGCGAUCACCUCCAUUGCCGAGCGUGCACGAGGCGAGCGUCGAGAAUCUGGACGAAAUGUCCUCCACGCCGAAAAAGGCGUCGACCGGGCGGAUGGUGGAGGCCCCGGUAGGGGACCGUUCGUGGCACCGGCGGCAGAACAGCAGCGACGACGGUGGGGCACGGCUACGCACCGCCCUCGGAUCGCCCUCGGCUGCGUCGGAGAACCGACCCCGGUCAACCGGUGCCACCGGACCGGCCAGCUUGCCCCCCGUCAGCGGGCGGCCCCGCUUCAACACGCUCGAGCUGGACCUAAGCUGCUCGCGCAACAAGUUCCCGAUACGGGACCGCAGCAAGAUCGACUACUCACCCACGACGCCGCCCGUCUCCGAGGCGAUGUCACGCUCGGCCAGCAGCUCCUCGGCGUCGUUCGUCAGCUGGGGCAGUGCGAGCGUGAGCGCCAGUACGGUCACCAGCCCGACGCAGGCCCUCCCUCCGUCCGGUCCCGGUGCACUACCAUCCGGUGGGCUUUUCUGCGAGCAGCGGCUCCGGCUGAAGUCAUCCAAAUCCGAGGCCACCCUCAUGAAGAACAAGUAACGACGCAAACGUUGUCUUUCCAUCUAGUCCCGGAAAGGUGGUGAAAAACAGAAUAGGAACGACGCAAGGACCGGAAAGGACCAACCUCAAGGCGUUCCGUUGUUCCAAUCCAAAGUUGUACGCGUUAGAAAAACCCCCCCUGACGGACGCGCUUACGCUACCUCCCGUCUCGCCCGUCGACACUCACGUUAUUGUAUUAUACUCUAGACAUGUAGGAAUUACCUCUAAGUUGUCGCCACGCAAUUGAACGGCCACUGACAGCGCGCUUUAAUUUACGUCUUUAAAUAACCUUUAAACAGAAACAACAAAAAAAAAGGCUGCGUGUUUGUGUGCGCUUUAACUAUUGUAGAAAGGUAUUUGUGUUAGGAUUAUCUUCACUAAUUUAACGGUAACCAGUAGCUUGGGCGACAUUCGAUCGCGCCAUUUAUAAAACGCAAGUUUUUGUGUAUGUUUAUCAUUGUAAGGUAUUUAUAUACUUUUAUAUUCUUUUUAUCUAUCCUUAAGUACCGUUUCAUUAUCGGCUUAGGAGUUUAUUUAGAGUAUUUGUAUGUUCAGCGGCGAACACACUGCAGCCUCCGCGUCCCGCUGCGGCCAGAAUCGAAUUUACAGGCAGGGCAGGGGCCAACCUCGGCACCGAAAAGCGAGCGAGCCGGGCGAAGCACAGACAGUUGGUAAAAUGAUUAGAGCGUUAAGAUUGAAUUGUGCAAUAUACAGCGAAGCCUGCGAGUGACGUGCAAUCAGGAUUAGCCUUUAACGAAACCAAACUGCCAGCCCGUUUCUUCUCAUCGGGGAGGAGGAAAUUUUAACCACUCUUAUUUAUUGCCGUAGGAGAAGGAAAAACGAAUUUCGAAAGCCGGCUGCCGGUGGACCAAAAACGAAACAAAAAAACCAGGACGUUUAUGUGCAUAUGCAACAUAUACGGGGCAGCGUCGCGCCGCUACCGACCGAGGGCUAUGUUUAACCGAAUUUGUAUAACACCUUAUUAUAACAAUCUUCAGUUUAGUCAGCUCACUGGAUGUAUAUCCAUCCCGUUACAGUUUAUUUUAUCCAAAGCAACGGAAAGGAGGAAUGGCGAGGUUUCUCUGUAUAUAAAGGGGACAAAAUAACACUGCGUAUUCAUCGAUUGGCGAGAGCACGCCGCUGGGGGAGGGGGAUAUAAUAUUGUAAUGUAUUGUUGAAUUAAAUCUUGUAUUA